AUGCUGCUAGAGAGAAGCCAAAUGUAUUUAUAUAGCAGUAUCGGUUUAGUGUCGAUUUUGCAGCUAGAUCUUGUUCUAGACAUCAACUAUAUAAUGAAAUUUGAUAGAAUUGUUUUAGCUUCGAGUCUGUUCUUUAGCUUCGUGACACCUGAAGAGGUCGUUUUGGACACUCCGGGAGUCCUGAUUUCCCCAUUAACACACAAUUCUGAGAUUAAUGAUUUAGAAGCGGAAGAAGACGAAGGCUUUCAUAUUCUACGUCGAGAUGAGGGUGGAUUUGAAGGGGACCGAAAUCAUGUUUUCAAGCGCAGCCAGAGGCGGAGCUUCUUUGAUUUAGAGAAAAACGACCUACUACGAUUACAUAAUGAGAAAAGAAGGCUGCAUGUCGAUACCCCACCACUGACGUGGAGCGAUAAAUUGGCAGAUUAUGCGGCUGCUUAUGCUGACUCACUUGUUGGCACGGAUUAUGAUCCGUGUUCAUUAAAUCUAAGACAUUCUAAUGGCCCUUAUGGUGAAAAUAUAGGAGCUAUUAUUCGUCCUUUUGAAAGUGAUAUUGCUACUUCAAGAGAUAUUGUUUUUGCAUGGUAUGAUGAGAUUAAAGAUUAUGACUUUUUGGACAUCACUGGAACCAGACGUAACGGUCGCUUGGUAGGACAUUUUACCCAGAUGAUUUGGGCUGCCACUGAAAAAGUCGGCUGUACAUUACUUUAUUGUCCAGCAGACAGUAGGUUUGGUAAAACCUUGACGUUAUAUAUCCUGUGUUCAUAUGAACCUGCUGGAAAUGUUGUAAUGGCCGCAAAUGCACCAGACAGGUUUCUACGGUACAGGCAAAACGUGAAAAGAUUAAAGGUACUUUAA